UCCUUCUUUUUUUUUCCCCAAAAUGUCCAACCAAUCUCAAGGCAUCCAGGCGCUCCUCGCGGCCGAGAAGUCUGCUGCUGAAAUUGUUGCCAAGGCCCGCAAGCGCAAGGCCACCCGCCUGAAGCAGGCCAAGGAUGAGGCUGAGGCCGAGAUUGCCGCUUUCAAGAGCGAGCGCGAGGCCCAGUUCCAGGCUCACGUCAAGGCACACGAAGGCGACACAACCCAGAUUGCCCAGCGACUGAAGGAGGAGACCAACACCAAGCUCGUCGCCAUCGAUAACGAUGCUGCCCAGCACAAGCAGGCCGUCAUUAACAAGCUUCUUGAGUAUGUCUGCGACGUCAAGGCCGAGCUCCACAUCAACGUCCGCGAUUAAAAACAACAAAGCCAAAAAUUUGCAUUCCCCUUACAGUUCUACCUCUCGCUCUAUCUCUCUCUCUCUCUCUUCCUGCGUUUUCUUGUGAUUUUCUGUUGACAAAAAUAAAUUCUUGUGUUUGAGUCCA